AUGAAGUCAAAGCGGCUGCUUCUCGUUGCCCACUUGGCCACACUACUUGUGGAAGGAAUGGGGAAAUACGAAGGGACAAACGCGCAGUUUAGCAAAACACACAUUCAGAGGUGCAUCUCAGGAGGGCAACUCUUCCUUAGCAACGCACAUAUAACCAAACAGAUGAGGAGAAAAAAAAACAUUCAAAUCCACACGCAAACAGCUAGCGUAGAAAUUUCAAACAAAGCGGACAUGAGCAAUCUAAGCAAAAAGGACAAAAUGUCAUUCACAAAAACUAAGCAAAUAGCUACGAUCGGGCCCGCAACCGAAAAUUUCGAAGAAUUGGAAAAGCUGUACCUUAGCGGAAUUGACGUUUUCAGGUUAAAUUUCUCCCAUGGGUUAAAAAGCAUUAAAAAAUACAUAAUAAAUUCCCUUCGAAUUAUAGAAAAAAAAUAUGGUACUUCUAUUGGCAUUUUAGGAGAUAUCCAAGGGCCAAAAAUACGAAUAGGGGAAUUUGAAAAAAGUGAAAAAAAUGCAAAGGAGACAAAUACCUUCGUCGAAUUGAAGGAGGGGGAUAUUUUUUCCUUCGAUUUAGUAGACAAGCCUGGAAAUGAAAACAGGGUGCAACUCAACUAUCCUGAGUUGUUAAAAAAUGUAAAGGUUGGACAAAUGAUAUUACUAGAUGAUGGAAACUUAAAAAUGAAGGUCAUAGAAAAUCAGUUCGACGAAUCGGACAUGAAAAAUAGCUCCAUAAAAGUAAAAGUUAUUACAGGGGGAAAACUGUACAGAAAAAAAGGGUUCUGUAUUCCUAAUAUGAUCAUGCCUAUUGAAGUGUUAAAUGAAAAGGAUAUUAAAGACAUCCUAUUUUGUAUUAACGAAGGGGUAGACUUUUUAGGUUAUUCCUUUGUUCAAACGAAGUACGAUUUGAUAUUUUUAAAAAGUAUUAUAAAGGAUUACUACGAGAGCGAUUUUUUCCAAAACAAGGUAAAAAAGGAUAGACUUAUUUACGACGAGAAGGAACUUCAAAUGAAGGAACACGAUGAUCCCAACGAUUACUACAUAAAAGAGGUAAAUGAUUACUACCAAGAUUAUUACUUGAAGAAUUACCAAAAGUAUAAACAGAUUUACGAUGUGUACAAAAAUCAGGACCUCCAGGUAGAUACUGACAAAGCGGAAAAUGAAAAUGAAAACGAAAACUCUGCCACAUAUCAAAAUAGCACCUACGAUGGGAACACGCAAAUUACGCAGAUUAACCAGCUUAAAGAUGACACUGCUAAUUGCACACCGAGUGACCACCCGAACGGCAUAUUUAUUGUGUCGAAAAUUGAAAAACCCUCUGCUGUGAAAAAUAUAGAAAGUAUUAUUAACCUUUCAGAUGCUAUUAUGAUUGCCAGAGGCGACCUCGGAAUUGAAACCAACUUAUCUAACUUACCAAUUUUACAAAAAAAAAUGAUCAAUCUGUGUAGAAUUAAAUAUAACAAACCGGUAAUCGUAGCAACGCAAAUGAUGGAAAGUAUGAGAUUCUUACCUUCCCCCACUAGAGCAGAAGUGGCAGACGUUGCAACGGCGCUUUACGAUGGAUCCGAUUGCGUUAUGCUUUCAGCGGAAACAGCUACUGGGCAAUAUCCCAUCCUCACGGCAUCCACACAAAACAGCAUAAUUAAAGACGUAGAAAAUGAUUACUACUAUUACGAUUACACGCAGAGGAAAAAUAAUAAUCUGGUCAAGUGUGCACAUGGUAUGAGUCCUACCCCCUCCAGUGGAAAUUCCCAUUUUGAAAAACUUAUUUACAGCAUAAGGGAUCUAAGCAAUAACAUAAAUUUGAAAUCGAUCAUUUUAUUUUCGAAUGAAUUUCAAAAAAUACAAAAACUCAGCAAUUUACGAACAAAGGCACCCAUUAUUGUCAUCACAGAAAAUGUGGCCUUGGCUAGGAAGUUGCAACUCACGUGGGGCGUCUAUCCUUACAUCUCCAAAUUAACCGAUACGCACCAUAAUGACUUGUUAACCCUCAUUAAUUAUGGGUGUAAGGUUUCCAAGGAGGAGGGGUUCGUCAGCUCGCCGGAGGAAUACUCCCUCGUCACCUUUACGAAAAAUAUUAACAACUCGUCCAAUUUGCUUUACCUCUGCCAACCGUGUUUGACCACAUAA